ACUGCUGUUUUUGUUGUUGGUGGAAGGUGAGGGAACAGCUGAUCCGAGAGUGGGAGGAGGGCAGAUAUCUUCAGGGCAGGAUGGAAGAAUCAUCACUAAGCCGGGCACCUUCCCGAGGUGGAGUCAACUUUCUGAAUGUAGCCCGGACCUACAUCCCCAACACCAAGGUGGAAUGUCACUAUACCCUUCCCCCAGGCACCGUGCCCAGUGCCAGCGACUGGAUUGGCAUCUUCAAGGUGGAGGCUGCCUGUGUUCGGGAUUACCACACAUUUGUGUGGUCUUCGGUGCCCGAAAGUGUGGCUGAUGGCUCCCCUGUCCACGCCAGUGUCCAGUUCCAAGCCAGCUACCUGCCCAAACCUGGAGCCCAGCUCUACCAGUUCCGAUACGUGAACCGCCAGGGCCGGGUGUGUGGGCAGAGCCCCCCUUUCCAGUUCCGAGAGCCAAGGCCCAUGGAUGAGCUGGUGACCCUGGAGGAGACCGAUGGUGGCUCUGACAUCCUGCUGGUUGUCCCCAAGGCCACUGUGCUGCAGAACCAGUUGGACGAGAGCCAGCAAGAGAGGAAUGACCUGAUGCAGCUGAAGCUGCAGCUGGAGGGACAGGUGACAGAGCUGAGGAAUCAAGUCCAGGAUCUCGAGACUGCUCUGGCAACCGCCAGGCAGGAGCACGCUGAGCUGAUGGAGCAGUACAAGGGGCUUUCCCGGUCCCACGGGGAGCUCAUAGAAGAGAGGGACAUCCUGAGUCGGCAACAGGGAGACCAUGUGGCACGCAUCCUGGAGCUGGAAGAUGACAUCCAGGCCAUCAGUGAGAAAGUGCUGACAAAGGAGGUGGAGCUGGACAGGGUGAGGGACACAGUGAAAGUCCUGACUCGGGAACAAGAGAAGCUCCUCAGGCAACUGAAAGAAGCGCAGGCAGACAAGGAGCAAAGCGAGGCUGAGCUCCAAAUGGCACAAGAAGAAAACCAUCGCUUAAAUUUGGAGCUACAGGAAGCAAAGGGCCGGCAGGAGGAACAGGGUGCUCAGGCCCAGCGACUGAAGGAUAAGGUGGCCCAAAUGAAGGAUACCCUAGGCCAGGCCCAGCAGCGUGUGGCCGAGCUGGAGCCCCUGAGGGAGCAGCUUCGAGGAGCCCAGGAGCUCGCAGCCUCAAGCCAGCAGAAAGCUACCCUUCUCGGGGAGGAGCUGGCCAGCGCAGCGGGAGCCAGGGACCGCACAAUGGCCGAGCUCCACCGCAGUCGCCUGGAAGUGGCCGGAGUCAACGGCAGGCUGGCUGAGCUCAGCCUGCACCUGAAGGAGGAAAAAAGCCAGUGGAGCAAGGAGCGGGCAGGGCUGCUGCAGAGUGUAGAGGCAGAGAAAGACAAGAUCCUGAAGCUGAGUGCAGAGAUACUGCGACUGGAAAAGGCAGUUCAGGAGGAGAAGACCCAGAACCAAGUGUUCAAGACUGAACUGGCCCGGGAAAAGGAUUCUAGCCUGGUGCAGCUGUCAGAGAGCAAGCGGGAACUGACAGAGCUGCGGUCAGCCCUGCGUGUGCUCCAGAAGGAAAAGGAACAGUUGCAGGAGGAGAAGCAGGAGCUGCUGGAGUACAUGAGAAAGCUGGAGGCCCGCCUGGAGAAGGUGGCAGACGAGAAGUGGAGUGAGGGCGCUGCCACAGAGGAUGAGGAGGCGGCCGCAGGGCUGAGUUGUCCAGCGGCUCUGACAGACUCAGAGGAUGAGUCCCCGGAAGACAUGCGGCUCCCUCCCUAUGGCCUGUGUGAGCGCGGAGACUCGGGCUCCUCUCCUGCUGAGCCACAGGAGGCUUCUCCCCUGGUUGUCAUCAGCCAGCCGGCUCCCAUUGCCCCCCACCUCUCAGGGCCAGCUGAGGACAGCAGCUCUGACUCGGAGGCCGAAGAUGAGAAGUCAGUCCUCAUGGCAGCUGUUCAGAGUGGGGGUGAGGAGGCCAAUCUGCUGCUUCCUGAGCUGGGCAGUGCCUUCUAUGACAUGGCCAGUGGCUUUGCAGUGGGUCCCUUGUCAGAGGCCAGCACUGGGGGCCCUGCCACCCCGCCGCCGUGGAAGGAGUGCCCCAUUUGUAAGGAGCGGUUCCCGGCUGAGAAUGAUAAGGAUGCACUGGAGGACCACAUGGAUGGACACUUCUUUUUCAGCACCCAGGACCCCUUUACCUUUGAGUGAGCUCACCCCCCACCCCAGGACAUGCCCAGAUACACUUACACACAGACACACACAUACAGACAUACACUUAGGUCUCAUAUCUUUUCUGAUAUGCGGGGCUCCAUGAUACUCUGUUCCCCAAGAACCGCUCUCUGAACCAUGUUCAUCCUAACCUCUUGCCUUCAUCCUGUCCUGCCUGGGGCUCUUCUGUCCAGGCAGAGGCCCUCCUUGGAAGCGGUGACUGACUUCACCCCCUGAAAGCGGUUUGGGAGGAACCAGGAUGGAGGAGAGCAUCCCCAGGGGGACUAGAAUCACCCCCUCCUAGCCCUGGUCGCUCUGUCACUGACACGAGCCACCACCCGACUGCCACCACCCCAUCACACACACACAGGCACUCACACUCACACACACACACACACAAACACACUGCUGCCCCAAAUCCAAUUCCUGGGGCACC